CAAGAUCCGAAGCGUUGCAAAGCCACUGACUCGGCCCAUGAGGGAAACGUAUUAGUGAAUAUUUGCGCGGAAAUUUUUCGGGUUCGAAUAACUCCCUCGAACGACUGCUAAGACAGGCGAUAUGCAACUUUAGACGUUGGAUGAACCAGGCGUGUUUGACAAUAGCGAGUUUCUCUCCUUCGAGUAUUGGUUCGCUUCGAUAAAUAUCAUUACAUAACAUCAAGCUCUCCCAUCGUCAUUUUCUGGUCCACUGCAUUCCCUUUCGUCUGAGGUACGCUUAAGUAAAACCAAGAGCUCCAGGGGAACGCGGAGAUGGUGUUUGGUAUUAUAACAGCAGUUGCUGCUUGUCCCGCCAUCGUGGGCACAACAGAAGCCAUACGUUCCAGUCAGCGCAGCCAGAGAAGACAGGAGCAUCGAAGCAGGAAAAUGAACCUAAUAGUUUCCUGCUCCGAUCCCUCCAGAAAGAGUAAAGAUGUCGAUGGCUGCUUCGUGGUGUUGAGGAACCAUAAGUUAUGGAUUGCAUCCCGACCUUCCGAUGGCGAGGCCAAUGAGCCAUCCGAUGAUGCCACUCGCUUCAAAGCCUCCCUCCACCAGUGUCAUCAUUUUGAAGGCUAUUUCUUCCCACAUCCCGAGCAUAAAUGGCGCAAAGGAGAGGGGUUGGUAAGCACCAUAACCGCCGACCCGCCUCUUCUCAAUUGGAUCUAUAUUGAUAAAGACACUUAUGAAAUGAAAUAUGGCAACAAAAAGGAAUCCGAAGGGCAUAUGAUGGGGCCAUGGGAUUGCACGCUUGUUGAUCGACGGAUGACAUUCGACUGGUGGGAAGGUUUUGCAGUUGCAGAGGAGAAGGAUGCGGACGGAAGAAUGCUUGGAUGGGCACUGUAUUUUGACUGUGAUGAUGAUGGGUUGAGGGAGAAGGUGCCCUUAGACAGAAGGGUGAUGGAAGUGGAAUUGAUAAGACGAGAGAUGAGAGUCCCACCGGUGACAGAGGAGGAUGAUCAGCAAAAGAUCAAGACAUAA